AUGGCGCCUAUGGUUCCUGCACACCUGGCAUCUAUGGUGCCUAUGGUUCCUGCACACCUAGCAUCUAUGGUGCCUGCAUAUCCAGUGCCUAUGGUUCCUGCACACCUGGCAUCUAUGGUGCCUAUAGUUCCUGCACACCUGGUGUCUAUGGUGCCUAUGGUUCCUGCACACCUGGUGCCUAUGUUUCCUGCACACCUGGCAUCUAUGGUGCCUAUGGUUCCUGCACACCUGGCAUCUAUGGCGCCUAUGGUUCCUGCACACCUGGCAUCUAUGGUGCCUAUGCUUCCUGCACACCUGGUGUCUAUGGUGUCUAUGGUUCCUGCACACCUGGUGUCUAUGGUGCCUAUCUUUCCUCCACACCUGGUGUCUAUGGUGCCUAUGGUUCCUGCACACCUGGCGUCUAUGGUGCCUAUAGUUCCUGCACACCUGGUGUCUAUGGUGCCUAUGGUUCCUGCACACCUGAUGCCUAUGUUUCCUGCACACCUGGUGUCUAUGGUGCCUAUGGUUCCUGCACACCUGGUGUCUAUGGUGCCUAUGGUUCCUGCACAUCUGGUGUCUAUGGUGCCUAUGGUUCCUGCACACCUGGUGUCUAUGAUGCCUAUGGUUCCUGCACACCUGGCAUCUAUGGUUCCUGCACACCUGGUGUCUAUGGUGCCUAUGGUUCCUGCACACCUGGCAUCUAUGGUUCCUGCACACCUGGCGUCUAUGGUGCCUAUGGUUCCUGCACACCUGGCGUCUAUGGUGCCUAUGGUUCCUGCACACCUGGCGUCUAUGGUUCCUGCACACCUGGUGCCUAUGGUUCCUGCACACCUGGUGUCUAUGGUGCCUACGGUUCCUGCACACCUGGUGUCUGUGGUGCCUAUGGUUCCUGCACAACUGGUGUCUAUGGUGCCUAUGGUUCCUGCACACCUGGUGUCUAUGGUGCCUAUGGUUCCUGCACACCUGGUGUCUAUGGUGCCUAUGGUUCCUGCACACCUGGCGUCUAUGGUGCCUAUGGUUCCUGCACACCUGGUGUCUAUGGUGCCUAUGGUUCCUGCACACCUGGUGUCUAUGGUUCCUGCACACCUGGUGUCUAUGGUUCCUGCACACCUGGUGCCUAUGGUUCCUGCACACCUGGUGUCUAUGGUUCCUGCACACCUGGUGCCUAUGGUUCCUGCACACCUGGUGCCUAUGGUUCCUGCACACCUGGUGUCUAUGGUUCCUGCACACCUGGUGCCUAUGGUUCCUGCACACCUGGUGCCUAUGGUUACUGCACACCUGGCGUCUAUGGUUCCUGCACACCUGGUGCCCAUGGUUCCUGCACACCUGGUGUCUAUGGUGCCUAUGGUUCCUGCACACCUGGUGUCUAUGGUGUCUAUGGUUCCUGCACACCUGGUGUCUAUGGUGCCUAUGGUUCCUGCACACCUGGUGUCUAUGGUGCCUAUGGUUCCUGCACACCUGGUGUCUAUGGUGCCUAUGGUUCCUGCACACCUGGCGUCUAUGGUGCCUAUAGUUCCUGCACACCUGGUGUCUAUGGUGCCUAUGGUUCCUGCACACCUGGUGUCUAUGGUGCCUAUGGUUCCUGCACACCUGGUGUCUAUGGUGCCUAUGGUUCCUGCACACCUGGCGUCUAUGGUUCCUGCACACCUGGCGUCUAUGGUUCCUGCACACCUGCUGUCUAUGGUUCCUGCACACCUGCUGUCUAUGGUUCCUGCACACCUGGUGUCUAUGGUGCCUAUGGCUCCUGCACACCUGGCGUCUAUGGUUCCUGCACACCUGGUGUCUAUGGUUCCUGCACACCUGGUGUCUAUGGUGCCUAUGGUUCCUGCACACCUGGUGUCUAUGGUGCCUAUGGUUCCUGCACACCUGGCGCCUAUGGUUCCUGCACACCUGGCGUCUAUGGUGCCUAUGGUUCCUGCACACCUGGCGUCUAUGGUGCCUAUGGUUCCUGCACACCUGGUGUCUAUGGUGCCUAUGGUUCCUGCACACCUGGCGUCUAUGGUUCCUGCAAACCUGGUGCCUAUGGCUCCUGCACACCUGGUGUCUAUGGUUCCUGCAACCACCUUAGGCUGCUAUGAGCACCUUGGCAGGUGA